CUGCAUCAAGAGACGCCGAAGCCGCUAUGAGGGAGAGGAGAGCUCCUCAGCCGGCGGUGGCCAGAUGCAAGCUGGUCCUCGUAGGAGAUGUACACUGUGGGAAGACUGCCAUGUUGCAAGUGUUGGCUAAAGACUGCUACCCGGAGACCUACGUCCCCACGGUUUUUGAGAACUACACAGCGUGCCUAGAGACAGAGGAGCAGCGGGUGGAGCUCAGUCUAUGGGAUACAUCUGGAUCUCCCUACUAUGACAAUGUGCGCCCUCUAUGUUACAGUGACUCGGAUGCUGUCCUGCUGUGUUUUGAUGUCAGCCGUCCUGAGACCAUGGACAGUGCCCUGAAGAAGUGGAAGACAGAAAUUUUGGACUACUGCCCAAGCACCCGUGUGUUACUGAUUGGCUGCAAGACAGACCUUCGUACAGACCUCAGCACCCUGAUGGAAUUGUCCCAUCAGAAGCAAGCCCCACUCUCUUAUGAACAGGGUUGUGCUGUGGCCAAGCAGCUUGGAGCACAGACCUAUCUGGAGUGUUCUGCAUUCACAUCAGAGAAGAGUGUGCACAGCAUCUUCCGGACAGCAGCAUCUAUCUGCCUCAGCAAGGCCGGCCCCCAGCAUCCUAAGAGUCCGGCCCGAAGCUUUCCCAAGAGACUCCUCCGCUUACCUAGCAGAUCUGAGCUCAUCUCUUCCACUUUCAAGAAGGAGAAAGCAAAAAGCUGCUCCAUCAUGUGAAGGGCCAACUCACUUCUGGGAGCAGAG